AUGACAACACCCGAAAACAAUUUAUUAAAAAAAUACAUUAUUCUACUACAUAUUUGUUUCUGUUUAUUUUUAUAAAAAUAGCAUUUAAGUCAAUUUAUAUUAGAGAACAUAUUAUGUGUAUCGUAACCUUAUGGAUUAGUGAUUUUUUUAAUGAUAAAUACAACCUCGUUUUAUUAGGCACCCGUCAAAAUUUAAGUGUAAAUAAAUAAACGUUAAUAAGAUAUGAAUUUUCGUAAAACACGCGCCCAAUCCCGAAGAAACUCCAUGAACAUAAUCUUGGACACAGGGAAAUGGCAAAACUAUGGAAAACGAAUAUCUCAAAGGGAUUUCGAAGCAGAAGAGGAAGAAUCUGACGACGAACCCAAGUACAACGAGAUAAAGGAUUGGGUGCAACAGUUCUUUGAGAGAAACAGUGAAUGUUCCGACCAAAACGAUCAAGACGUUGAAGUUAAGCUAACGAAUCAGCAGACGUUAAUACUUUCUACGCUUGUCCCUGAUGAAAUAUUAUUGAUGGAAAAGUUUGAUACAAACGAUUUAAAGCGUUUCGUCGGCGUUGUCCUAAUGGCUGACGUAUCAGGGUAUACCGCCCUUUCGGAACGCUACAACAAUACUGGUAAAGGAGGAACAUACAGACUCACAGUCACCUUGAAUACGUACUUGGGCUCGCUCAUAGAAUUAAUAUACGCCUAUGGAGGAGACGUUUUAAAAUUCUCCGGCGAUGCAUUCUUAGCUCUCUGGAAGACCGACAAACGAACGUUUCUUUGUCAUACAAUUCAUAACGUUAUCGCCUGCGCAUUAGUUAUACAACAUUCGUACUCUUCCUACGAAACAGAUGUCAAAGUCAAUCUAAAAGUUAAAUUAGCAAUCGCGGCUGGAAACCUCUUAUUUGCCACAAUAGGCACUGGAAUUGACAUGAACUAUGUGCUAUUUGGUUUACCCGUAGAAGAAGCCAAAGCAGCCGAAAGUUGUUGUGCAUCAGGAGAAGUGACAUUGACACCCACAGCAUGGGGGCAUUGCUAUUCAAGAAAUUAUGACUAUACCAUUCAACAAAAUGGAUACGUUACUAUUAAGGCCAUAUUAUACGACCCUCGCGAGAACGAUGUUAUGAAACCGUUCAUAGGCUUCGGUGGUAUGAUCAGACAAAUUAGGAAGACAUGUGCGGCAGUUGAGAAUCUUCCCGAUCAUUCUUGGGAAACUUCUGAUGGUCUGAGCCAUGUAGAUUUGUCGAAAAAGAUCGAGAUGCUUAAUUUGCGUAAAGCAAUUUUAUUAGCUGAAGGGAAAAACAUUGGCUCUGAACUAAGAAAGUUUAUGAUUAGACCGAUACUAACUCAAAUCGAUGCACAUCAGCCUCUCGAAUAUCUUACAGAAAUGAGACAAGUUUCCAUUUUAUUCAUUACUUUAAAACCCACAGAAUGUCCGUUUCCACAACUGAUUACAAUUGUUAAUAACUCAUAUCAGAUAACAUGUGAAAUUGUUUACAAGUCAAUGGGAUGUGUCAAUAAAAUUAUUCUCUUCGAUAAAGAUGUUAUGAUGUUGAUAAUCUUUGGUUUAAGAGGAUACAAACACGAGUCCGAAGCGCAAGCUGCUCUUAAGUGCGCAUUUAGUAUAAAAAAAUCAGUUUCAGCUUUAGGUGGGGUUCGAGAAGUCUCGGUAGGGGUAACUACAGGCCAAGUAUAUUGCGGGGUGGUGGGUCAUCCUUUAAGGCAAGAAUUUACCGUCAUUGGAGCUACUGUAAACAAAGCUGCUAGGCUCAUGUGCAAAUUUAGAAAUAAAAUCACUUGCGAUGAAACUACUUUUAUUCAAAGCAAAAUGUCCACAAAUGCAUUUACUCAACAACCAAAAACCGAAUUGAAAGGUAUAAUUCACCCUGGAAAGAUUUUUGAAUACACAGAAGAUAUUCGGGCAAAAGAAAUAUAUGAAAUACCAAUAAUUCCACCACUGCUAAAUCGUAAAGAGGAAAUAGAGUGUUACCAAAGUUGGUUAGAUCAAAAUAAUACGUCAUUCCGACAGUUCGACGCUCUGUUAUUGAUAGGGGAAUCACGAAUAGGAAAAUCAAGAACCUUAGAGUGGAUGGCGCGCUAUGCCAGAAACUACAGUUAUCAUGUAACGUACAUCAAUUUAACUUCCAUCCACUCUGCUAAUGCAUAUUUAGCAUUAAGUGAAAUUGUCAAUCAAAUGUUAGAUCUUAAAGAGCCAAUACAUGGUUUUGUCAAAGAAGAAAAGAUCGUACAGCUUCUUAAAGUUUAUAAUGAAGACUUAUGCUAUUUAAAUAAGAUAAUCCGCGUUCGUUUCGCUUAUCAAGACAAGAUCCAGUCUUUAAACGAACAACAGCGUAAAGAAAAAACCAAACAAGUUUUUAUGAAGCUCUUGAAAGCAAUUGCAAAUACUCAUGUCGUGUUUUUAGAUGACUUACAAAACCUUGAUUCUUUCUCGUGGGAGUUUGUAAAGUUAAUGUUCACUACAAUGAAGAUUUUUACGGUUUUUUCUGUGACACGCGGGAAAUUUAGUGCCAUUCAAAAUUGGCUCUACGACGUCUUUACUCACAACAGCAUUAGAAAAAUUGUUUUAGGGCCAUUAUCUUCAAACUGGAUAGCUCCCUUAGCUUGUCAAAUAUUAGAUAUCGAUGCUGUACCUAACGAUUUGUGUAAUGCAUUGAGAAUCAAAUGUCAAGGAAUGCCAGGAUUCGUUGAAAGUUUUAUUAUUCAUUUAUUUUCAAUAGGAGCUUUGGAAGUCAAGAAAAUAAAAGACGAUGAAAUUGAACAAUUUAAAUCCGAAGACUUACAGUUUCCUGAAACGAGUCUGUUACAACCACAAGCUGUGCGUAUGUCGGACCAAUCGACGCUUGAUGAAUUACUAAAAAACGACAGCAAAGAAUUUGUCGAAAUUUGCAUCGUUACAAAAAAAUCUGAAUUAAAUUUAAAUAUAAAUUGUCAAAAUUUAGACGCGUUAAUUAUGAUCCAAAUAGACUCCCUCACUCCGUACCAACAACUGCUACUUAAAAUAGCUUCGAUUGUCGGCACUACCGUAUCGAGAAUUCUAUUGGAAAGUAUAAUGUACAAUAACGAUUGGUUAACUACCGCAAAAGCCAUCAAGAGACUGUUUGCUAUGCGCAUACUAUCAUGCGCAAAUGUAAAUAGGAAAUGGUAUCGUAAUAAUACGUCAACUUCCACGACAUCCUCUGAUGCAAUGCCACAAGUUAACCUGGCUUGUGAUUGUUCAUUUGAUCAUGAUCCUGAUGCGUGGGAGAAUCUUCCUAAGUAUGCUUUUUGUAAAGUUAUGAAAUUCAAAAACAAAAACGCGAGAAAAACUUGCUACGAGCUCUUGCCAGUGAAUCAGAAGAAGGAAUUCCACGCUCGCAUUAUUAACUAUUUGGAGACUAACAGACAAAAAUGUCAAAGUUGCGGCGGUACUAUUAUGAUAGUACAAUCAAAAAAUUACAUGCUGUCACUUGAAACCGACCAUGAAGGUAAUUUACAGGACAAGGUAAGUGAUACGGGCAGUAAUAGUGACUGGAAUGAAACUGAUACAAAUUUAGAAAUGAAAAGUACCGAUCGACUCAAAUCGAAUUUUAAUAGCGUUCUAGACAGCGGUACGACUGUAAGACCAAGUGAUAACAUAGUAUUUCAUGAUGAAGCUUCAAAUAACAAUUUCACGCCAAUUUUAAAAAGAAAGAGUACCGAUGAUGUUUCUAGUAUAAAGUUAAAAAAAUCAAUAAAAAGAGUUACAAUGACCAGUUUAAAUUUUAGAAAAGCCAGUUUAACUAAUUUCGAGUCAUACAAGAUUUUCGAUAUGCUUCGCGCAGUCUCUGAAGCAAAAACAGUAAGUGAUUGGAAUGCGCUUGGCGCUAUUGAUAGCCAAGAUCAUAUUUUAACUGAUAAUCAUAAUAAAUCUUUCAAUGUUAGAAUCGAAAAAGGAGUUUCUCAUAUAAACUUCAAUAAAUGUACUUGUGCAGAAUUGAAAAUUGUUAUAUACGAGCAACUCAUGUAUCAUGCGCAAAAAGCGGAACAGAAAAUAAAAUUGAUUGAUUUUACGAUAAAAUACUGCUACUUAAAUUUGCUUGCCAAUAAUACUGAAAAAGUAUUCCCCAAACUUGAAGAAGCGGAGAGAAUGUGUUUGGAAAAAAAUGAAAUCUUAAGCGUACUUGACCAAAAACGGUUUUUGGGAAAAAUAUUAUCAAUAAAAGCAGCAGCAUGCUUAAUUUGCGGAAAGCUCACUGCAGCAAAGCGUGAUUUAAUUCGAGCAUCGCGAAUUUACAACUUCAACUUCCUGAAAGUAUCGGGUUUCAUAUCGUUAAAUAAAUUAUUUAAUUUCAUGAAAAUUGAAAAACGAAAAAACCGAUUAAGCCAGAAACUCAUGAAAUCUGAUGCGGUAUUUUUUCUCAAUGUCACUACAUUAUUGUACUCGACGCUAGGUGACGAUAGUCUUUCUAGAAACGCUGCGCUGACGGCUCUAGAUUAUGUACAGAGAGUAGAGUGUAACUUGAUAGAUUUAUGUGAAACAUACAGUAAUGCUAUUCAAGUGGAAAUAGACCGCGGCACUUCAGAGAAUACUGAAAAAAUUGAAAAAUUAGCAUGCCAGUCACUCAGACAGUUACAAAAAGAAAUUAAAGCUGAAGAACUGUAUGCUAUUGGUAAACUUUUCAGUGCAACUUUCAAGGCAAGAGUCUGCAGAGGAAAGCUCGCUGAAAGUGCUCGAUCAGGAUUUAGAGCACUUACUAUUAGUCGCUUUCUCCAAGCCUACACGGUUUCUUUAGAUAUUAUUCCCGAUUUAUUUUACGUCCUGUUAGCCCGACGCCGUAUUGAGGAAGCAAUUGAUGUUGUCCGACUAACAUUGCGUUUGGGUCACAAUCAGAUUUCGCUUGUUUGUGAAACUUGGUACUACGCUUUGUGCAUAGAUUUAAUUUUGGAUGCGGGUUUCCAAUUAGAAACUCCUCAAGAAAUCAGCCGUUUUGCUGAAUAUGCUUUGGAAUCGGGAAAAUCCGGUGGACAAAGUCGCCGUCGUUUAGUAGUUGGAUUAUGGACUUAUUGGCUUAGAGUCGAUAUUGAACGAAAAGCAAAGAGAUUCGAAAAUGAAGCAUUGAGCUGGAUGUCAUGCGAAACUGACAACGGGUCGCUGACAACGCUGAUUAGUGCAAUGAGACUAGCCGAAGGAAUGCUCGAAAGUUUGGCGAGAAAAGUAGACGAUUUAAGAAAGGUAGUAGAUAUAAUGGAACUCCGAUCGAUUGCUGACAAAGAGUUGACAGGACUCGAAGCAGACGCUCGUUUGAUACGCAGCUUAUAUCCUCGAUGGCUAUUGUUAAAAGCUAACUCAUUAAAGCUUUCCGGUCGAUCAGCGACAUCCUUGCUCAAUCAGUCUCUAGAAGAAUCACGACGUACUCAUAAUCGACUAGAAGAAGCUCUCACGUUGGCAGCGUUAUCACAAUCUGUAAUCUGGAAACAAACCGCUCGAACUGGAGUAUUCAUGCACUGGAAAGACGGCAUCGACCACGUUCAAACUUCAUGGCACCAGCUCCUUUAUAAAAUAACUACAACAAGGCAAACCUCAUUUUAAUAUGAACUCUUUUCUUUAGUCAAGAUAACACAAAAAGGAUCAAUUGAAGAGUUUGAAGAG